AUUUUAAUGGAAUCUAACUCCUUAGAUUUUAAAAUAAACAUAUAACCUAAAGUGAUAACAGAGCAUGUAGAGCCUGAUGUAGAUUUAACAGUUGACAAAUAUGAUACUGUUUAUCAAAAUACUCAAUAAGAAGAGGAAGUUGAAAAUGCUAAUGUAGUUAUUUUAUAUAAUUUUUCCAUAGAAAGAUUUAUUAAUAUAAGAAUAUGAUAUUACUGAGGCAGCUCAUCCGUAUUAUUGUGUUGCUGCAUUAGCAUUAACUUCUAUACCAGGAUUAACAUUUAUUCUGUUACAAGAUGUUAUUCAUGCUUAUCCAUUAGUUAUUUUACUAUAGUUGACAUAAUUUUUACUUCUUAAGAAUUAUCUAGGUUAGAAACUAAUCGGAUUAAGAUGGUGGAUUGAAAUGGAUCUUAAAGGUGAAUAGAAAUGGAUGUUUUAAACCCAAUCAUAAGAAUAAUCAAAUAGAGUUGAUAAAUAUUUCUUUUGGUCUUGUCUUGUAUAUGGAACACUAUUUUGGGGUCUCAUGUGUCUUGGAGACUUUUUUGGACUCAAAAUUUUAUGGGUAUUUAUUUAUAAAUAUGUAGUUACCUUUGCCAAUAAUAUGUUGCGUUUUGUCUCUUAUUAAUUUAUAAGGAUUUUACAAAUGUAGAGGAGAACAUAAAAAGAAAUUAUAAUAAUUAAAGAGGGAAAUGGCAAAAGGGGGAAUGAAUAUAGUAGGAAUGAUUAUGAAGUGAUU